CCUGCCCUACUGGUGCUUAGUUUUUCUCUACCUUUCCUGCCACCUUGUUCCUAGAGCCUCCCCCACCCAUCCAUCCACCCUCAUUCCAAACAAUUGCUUUCCUUUGAGGAGAUAAACUUUGCUCUCAGUCCAGGUUUUCAAGCUGUCUACGCACUGGUUUUAGCAUUUCACAUCUCUGCAAGGGGGGAAAAAUACAGCCUGCUGUUUCCCUUUUUUCCUCUUCCUUCCUGGUUUGUUGGCUUGACGCUUGGUAGCUGAGGAAGAAGACUGAGGAAGGAGACCAACCAGUGGCAGCUGGCCCACCAAGGCAGGGAGCCAUGGGCACCUCGGAGGAGGAUUAUAAUUUUGUUUUUAAGGUGGUCUUGAUUGGAGAGUCUGGAGUAGGGAAGACAAACCUCCUUUCCCGUUUCACCCGCAAUGAAUUCAACCAUGACAGUCGCACCACCAUCGGGGUUGAGUUUUCCACCCGCACUAUUAUGGUGGGAGAUGCCCUAGUGAAAGCGCAGAUCUGGGACACAGCCGGGCUGGAGCGUUACCGUGCCAUCACCUCUGCUUAUUACAGGGGAGCAGUGGGGGCCCUCUUGGUUUUUGACAUCACCAAGCACCAGACGUACGAUGUGGUGGAGCGCUGGCUGAAGGAGCUAUACGACCAUGCCGAGGCCACCAUAGUCGUGAUGCUGGUUGGCAACAAGACAGACCUGGCCCAAGCCCGGGAGGUUCCUGCCGAAGAGGCCAAAAUGUAUGCAGACAACAAUGGCCUGCUCUUUGUGGAAACUUCAGCACUGGACUCGACAAACGUCGAAUUGGCUUUUGAAACUGUUUUGAGAGACAUUUUCAACAAAGUGCAGAAGCAGAAGCAGAAGAGCCCACUAGACAACACAGUCGUGCUCUCUGCUGAAAACCCCAAUGCUGAGUCCACUUCUCAGCACGUGGAAGGGAAACGUGCAUGCUGCCUGAACCUCUGAAUGGGGAGGGGGCAUGCAGAGAGCAUCAGUCAGGUUGUGGAGGCUAUGGGAAGCGCGUGUGUGUUCCCCACUCAAAUGCUGUUGUUGAGAGAUGCUGUCCAGUCUCUGCAGUUGGUAGUGUAUGAAAUUUGGCUCUGGCCACCCCUACCAAAAUAGAGAGACUGCAUGGUGUCUUGGAGGAACAAAGCAAUUUACGCCACCAAGGUCCAUGGAAAAAUUCUCUCUGUAGCGCUAUACACUUUGAUCUCUUCAUCUCUCAGGCUAGUCUUCCAUCCUAUCAAGCCAUAGCUUUCUAUGGGAGGUGCAAUUUGGCAAAAAUUAGUUUGCAACUAAGUUCCAUCAGGACAGGACCUGGCAAUGACCAGCGAAAGCCCCAGCAAUUAAUCCUAACCAGGCUGACUUGAAGUAAGAUGCACUAUGUUCAGUGGAUCUUUUCUGUUAGUAACUUAAACAUAAAAUGAAACCCUGACAUCUGUUAUUUUAUAGCAAGGUCAGAUUUGGGAAGGGAAGAGGCCUUUUUAAAUUUUCUACCUGCAUGAUCCCUAACUUGGAUUGCUCAAGUAAGCCUGAUUUUGCCACAUCUUUGUUGUUUGUUGUUGACAUCUUAGAAGCUAAGCAGGGUCAGCCUUGGAUACGAAUUGGAUGGGAGUCCACCUCUAUACAGAUAGGCAAUGGCAAAUCACUUUCGUUAGUGUCUUGCUUUGAAAACCCCAGCAGGGGUUGCCAUAAGUUAGCUAUGACUUGAGGGCACUCUCCACCAUAUAUCUGUAGGGAUUUUCUUUUACUGGAACAGUCAUUCAGAGUUGAAAUUUGGCACCUGCGGUUGUAAGUGGUGUGGUUCAUCCUUCCCCAUCAGGGUUUUUGCCUCCUCAUUCUCCUGUAUGUGUGAAUUGGGCUUCCAUUCUCAAAUCUCUGUAACCAAAACUUUGUGUAAUAAAAACACUUCCUCUGAAUACCACGCCAUCCAAAAGACACAGACACAACCUUGUGGAAAUGGAAAUCCGCCAGUAUGUGUACAUUUAUAUAUUUAUAAAUAUACAUAGAACGUAUUUUGUAAAUAAAUUGUGCCGGAGUCUA